CUCCAAAGCUGUAUAUAAUCACCAUAAAGUAACCAGAAUGAAUAAGGAAACACGUCCUGGUACUGAAGAGUCUCUAGUAGUUUCCUUAGAAUAAAAUAUAUUUAUUAGCGCUGUUGGAAAGGCCAAACCACAUAGCUCGCUGCCCAGCUGACUGUCACAACAAACGUCAGCUGAUCACGAGUGCUGCGUGAACUUGGACAGGCUGCGGCGAGGGAGACAGUGACUAAUUAAUGGACGUAAAACAUGGAGUAAUAAGGGAAUGAAGAGCCCGAUUAGCUGUGCGCAUGCUGAUGUGAGUACGGAGGAUUGAUCGCCGAGGAAGCUGGUGGUGACGUGAAGUUUCAAGUGUGCCACACUGCAGGGAAAACAGAAGUAAGCAAAGAGCACUUUGUUCAGUGAAUACCCUCCUGUCAGACCAAAUCACUGUUGAAGAUGUCUGUAGACUCAGCACCAAGGGACUUCCCAAUUCCUGAGAUCCCAUCAUGCCUGCAGCUUCGCACUGUCACCAAAGGCCUCAUACCAUUAGCCGAGUCCAAGAAGUUGGACAACUACCGGAUGGGAGCACAUGUGUGUCUGUGGGCACGGCAGGAAGGCAGAUCAAUGUUUGGGGAGUAUCGGGCUGCUGUCAUGAUGCAGUUGAGGUUUGAUGGGACCUUUGGCUUCCCUGGGGGCCUGGUGGAUAAGGGAGAGGAUAUGAUGAAAGGCCUCAACCGUGAGUUAAUGGAGGAAAUCGGCUGGGAUCCAUCAGCUCACCCAGUCACCUGGAGUGACUAUUACAGUACUCAGGUGGCCGGUGACCGCAAGCUGGUGCUACACUUCUUUAUCAAGGAGGUGACACUUGAGCAGUUCAUUGCCUUGGAGAAGUCUUGCCUUCAGAGCAGAGACUAUGGCAAGGAGGUAAUGGGCAGCAUACGAGUGCCUCUGUACACCAUGGACAACAUGUACAAUGGUCUGCCAGCCUUCCUCAACAACAAGUUUGCUGGUACAUCCAAGCAGCAGCUGCUUCUUGCCCUCCAUCAUUCGAAGCUGCUCACUGAGCAUGAGAUCAGUGAUGUGAUCCUCAAAAGCCAAAAUCUCAAGUUGGCUCCCAAUAGAUUUUAAUGCAUUAUUCUGUAUUAUGUAUGCUUGUCUGUCUGUCUACUGGAAGAUAAUUACAUAACAUUGAAAUGUAUUGUUGCUGCAGAUGUCCUUAUAAAUAAGUCUGUGAAGCAGGAAACAUAAUGUGUACAGCUAGUAAUUUUAUUCUCAGAAUUCUUGUAAGUCAUUUAAAAAAAAAAUUGGGUUGCACAAAAGUUUGAAUGCCAAAGUGUUAGAGUAAGGCUAUUUUAUUGGUAUACUUGUAUACAUGUGUACUAGUGUAUAUAUGAUUUAAAAUGCUGUUUAUUUUUUUCUUAUAAAAUUAUAAUUAUUUCUUAACCUACUCAUAGGUUGCAAUGUGAAUAUUGUUGAAAAUAAAGCUUUACAAUUUGUGAAA